ACCCGCUGCCUGCACUGCCGAGGGAGUAGAGACCAAAUCCAACUGCACUGCCUUCUGCCAGGAUGAUCUUCAGCACUCAGCAGAACCUGGGCACAGACCUGAAUAUAGGGAGCUCAGAUGCGCCCCCUCGAAACUGGCGUGGGAUUGGCCUGGCAAUGCUGGUCAUAGCAAUAGUAAUGUCACUGGUGCUAUUGUCCAUUUUCCUGCUCUCUCCAGAGGAUCCAAAGCAGCCUGUGAAAUCAUUCCUGACAUUGUCUGAUCUGGAGAAUAUGAAUAAUCAGGUCCAUGUGCCCAGUCUGUCUUGGGCAAGUGACUUUGAAAUAAUCAUGAAAACCAGAGAAGGAAAUCUAAUUCAACAGAAUGUGAAGACAAAGGCGUUCAGUAUCCUGCUGAGUAACACUACACUUGUGUCUCUCCGAUCAUCCCAUGCAGAGCUGUCCCCAGACUUACAAUAUGUCCUUCUCAUCUUUAACAAGCAGCAGAUUUCAGGAGUGGCCGCUACAGCUUCCUACUCCGUGUACAAUAUCCGGACAAGAGAACUCUGGGACUUGAAUCCUCCUGGGAAAAAUGAAACCUCACUGCAAUAUGCAUCAUGGGGACCCCAUGGAAGUCAAGUGGUAUUCAUCUUUGAAAAUGAUAUUUACUAUCAACAGUCCGCUUCAGCCCCUGCCCUCCGGCUCACUUCAUCUGGAGACUCAGAGACUGUCCUCAAUGGCAUCGCUGACUGGACUUAUCAAGAGGAAGUAUUGCAUUCGUAUGCUGCUCACUGGUGGUCUCCAGACGGAACACGACUUGCCUAUCUCUCUAUCAACAACACCCUUGUACCCAAAAUGGAACUGACAUAUUUCUUGGCUUCUGACUACCCCGCCAGCAGAAAAUACGCCUACCCUAAGGCCGGACAGCAUAUUCCCACAGUGAAAGUCCUUGUUGUUAACUUGUAUGGCCCAUCCCACACACUUGAGCUGCUUCUUCCGGAUACUUUUCAAUACAGGGAGUUCUAUAUUAUCAUGGUAAUUUGGGUUACAAAUACUCGGCUUGCUGUGAAAUGGUUAAAUCGAUCCCAGAAUCUCUCUGUCCUCACUUUUUGUGAUGCAACUACAGGAGCCUGUAUAGAGCAGAUAAUCUGCUAUCAGGUUUGCCAUCCACAGAACCAUUAGCCCAUUGCCUUCAUUAUCAGCAGAGGAAAAACCUCACCCAUGGUUAUACCAAGGAGAAUGACACAAGCAAAGUCUUUAUUGUAAGCAAGAGGCUGGACGCCACCAGUGUUCCAUAGGACAGAAAUCUGUGUGCAUGCUAUGCCUAAUAGCUGAGAUUGUAACAGCAUUGCUUAUUGUGUGUUUAGAAGUACAGAUCCUCAUCUGAUGUGUGGAUAACUAUCCAGGGGGAGACUCUGUUCUCUUCAGAGGCGGCUUUCUUUCCUGUUCCUGUGAAACAAGGGGCAAGUGGGGAGUUCCUCCAUGUUGCCAU